AUGUUUGGAGCUACACAGACUGCUGCGCCCAGCGGCGGCGGCCUCUUCCCCAGUGCAGGAUCCGCAACAACACAAGCCCCAACUUCUAGUCUCUUCGGUGGCGCAACCGCUGGCGCUGGCACCAGCACCACUCAAGGCACAACGGGCGGUCUUUUCGGCGGCGGCGCAUCCACAGCUCAAACCCAACCCAAGCCGGCGUUUAGUCUCGGUGGCCUUGGUGGAUCAACGACUGGCUCCGCGGCAACCGGUACAGGCAUGUUUGGCGGUCAGAACACCCAGCAGCAGCAACAGCAGCCCGCGAAGCCCACCCUCUCUCUAUUCGGUCAAACCAACACGCAAGGACAAUCACAACCGCUCCAGCAGAGCACCGCCACCAACACCGUCAUCCCCGGCGUCAAAGUCGAUGUCAGCAACCUUCUACCAACCACCAAGUACGAGAGCUGUGCCGACGAAAUUCGCAGUCAGAUCGAGGCUAUCGACAAACACAUUUUGAACCAAAUGAAAAUGUGCCAUGAGGUCGGCGAUCUACUCCCCACCAUCGAAAAACAGGGCGCCUCAAUCCCCAAUGAUGUGGACUACGUACAAGGAAAAUUGGAGACGAUGCAACAUGCGUUGGAGAACGACGCGAGUGACAUCGACGGGCUCCGUAGCCUUGUUACACGGGACGCGGCCGAGGCUGAGGUGGCCUUCCGCGCCAUUGACACUUUGAAACUACCCCUGCAAUACCAAUCCAAUGGCGGUGGUUGGUGGUCUGUGCAGGACCAAAACAUCCCUGAACGGUCCAUGCGCUCUAGCCGCAAGAACACACUCGCCCUUCCCGAUGGGGUCGAGGGUGAUGCAUCCGCUACGUCUGUCAAUGGCGUCCCCGUCAACCUGAUCGACUACUUCUCACACCGCUCUAAGGAGAUGAAAGGUGUCCUCGGUAAAUACACCGGAAAUCUCAAGGAGAUUGAAGACCACUUGCACGGAGUGGAGGCGACUCUGAAUCGCCAGAUCAGCGACUUUGUCAGCUCCAAGUCCCGUGAUGGCGCCGGUGCAGCCCCUAAGUCAACUGUGAAUGAACUUGCAGCGGUCCUUGGAGAUGUCGAAGCGGGUAUCAUGGGUGUUGCUACCCGAUUGAGCACUGUUUCCGAACAGGUGCAGGAUCUCUCGGGGCAGCAGUCAGGAGACGCACGGUUUCACCUUGGAUAG